ACAAGAGAGGGAGGUUUUGCUUAAAAAGGAGCCCUUCCAGGCCUUCCUCCUUUCGUUGCUCGCCUCCUGCAGCCCAGCGAUCGUUUUGCCCAGUUGGGACAGCGCACGGCGCGGUCUCCGUGAGUGCCCUCGCCAGACCGGUGGACGGUCCAGUGGUGUCACUGUGUCAGGGGAGGAGGAGGAGGAAGAGGUGGCAGCGAGGUCGGAGUCCGAGGCUCCAGCGCUCUCCCCAGCCCAGCUCCCAGGGGAGGCUUUAGAGCCACGCCAAUAACCGGCCGGCCAUCGGCCCUCCCCCGAGCGCUCCCAGCGCCCAUGCCCGUGCGAGUCGCGCGCGCCCGGGGCUACUGCAUUGUCGAGGGAAAGCGGCCGCGCCGGCGCCCGGCGCGCAGGGAGCGGGCAGGCGAGGGGCAGCCGGCUCCGGAGCGCGGGGCGGGCGCCCCAUGCGGCACCUGUGGGGUCUGGCGGUCCGCAGGCCCUAGUGAGACAGCACCAUGGGGCAGGGGGGCUGGAAGGGGCUCUGUCUGUCGUUGUUUGACUACAAAACGGAAAAGUAUGUCAUCGCCAAGAACAAGAAGGUGGGCCUGCUCUACCGGCUGCUGCAGCUCUCCAUCCUUCUGUACCUGGUGGUGUGGGUGUUCAUGGUGAAGAAGGGCUACCAAGACAUAGACACCUCCCUGCAGAGUGCUGUCAUCACCAAAGUCAAGGGUGUGGCCUUCACCAACACUUCGGAGCUUGGGGAGCGGCUCUGGGAUGUGGCGGACUACGUCAUCCCGCCCCAGGGAGAGAGUGUCUUCGUAGUGAUGACCAACCUGAUCGUGACCCCCAACCAGCGGCAGGACACCUGUGCUGAGGUGAUAUGGCAUCUGGAGCUGGGCAGAAGGGGGAGCCACCAGCAGUGGUUGGGGUACCCCUCUCCUGGCGCCGGGGUUUCUUCCUGCUCCAGGGCCCAGGAGGAUGUGUGCAUGGUUGGACACACCUGCAUGAUUUGGGGACAGGGCCAGGACUUGUGUCAGGUUCUCAGGAGGGCAUGUGAACACAGGCGGGGUUGGGACCUGGCUCUGGCUGAGGCCCCCUUUCUCUCCUGGCAGAAUGAAGAUAUCCUCAAUGCCAAGUGCUCUAAGGACAGCGACUGUCACCCUGGGGAGGCUGUUGUGGCUGGAAAUGGAGUGAAGACUGGCCGCUGCCUGCGGGUGGGGAGUGCGAAGGGCACCUGUGAGAUCUUCGCCUGGUGCCCAGUGGAGACAAAGUCCAAGCCAGCGAAGCUGCUCCUGGACGAGGCUGAAGAAUUCACCAUUUACAUCAAGAACUCCAUCCGUUUCCCCAAAUUCAACUUCUCCAAGACCAACGUGCUGGACACCAAGAACAGCUCUUUCCUGAAAACCUGUCGCUUUGACCUCAACAACCUUUACUGCCCCAUCUUUCGGCUGGGGUCUGUGGUCCGCUGGGCUGGGAGCAACUUCCAAGAGAUGGCCCUGGAGGGCGGUGUGAUAGGAAUUCACAUUGAAUGGGACUGUGAUCUUGAUAAGGCUUCCUCUGAAUGCAACCCUCAGUAUUCUUUCAGCCGUCUGGACAACAGAUUUGCAGAAAAGUCCAUCUCCUCUGGGUACAACUUCAGGUUUGCCAAAUAUUACCGAGACGCAUCUGGGGUGGAGUUCCGCACCCUUAUGAAAGCUUACGGGAUCCGCUUUGAUGUGAUGGUUAAUGGCAAGGCAGGGAAGUUCAGCAUCAUCCCCACUGUCAUCAACGUGAGCUCUGGCGUGGCGCUCAUGGGGGCGGGGGCUUUUUUCUGUGACCUGGUACUCAUCUACUUCAUCAAAAAGAGCCACUUUUAUCGUGGCAAGAAGUACGAGGAAGUGAGGGGUCGGGAGUGCCGCGCCCAGCUGGUGGAGUCUCAGCGGCAGGGCGGGGCCUGGGAGGCCAAGGAUGCGGCGGGGCCAGGCCCGGGGCCGCGGGGCGUCGAACAGAGCCCGCGAGCGGAGCCUGAGGGGCAGAGGCCGGGGCUGCCGCAGCGGCAGGAGGCGCAGGACCGAGGCGGCGGCUCCAAUGGGGACGGCUGCGUGUGCCGGCGGCUCCUCGAAGGCUGCGCCCAGCCCGCCAGUUCUGGCCACCUGGAGGAAAGAAAGGUGAAUGUGGAGCAGCUGCAGACCCUGCAGGCAGUGGAGACAUAGCCAGAGGUGUUGGCUGAGAGAAGAUUUGGUGAAGACAUUGGGGGCAGGAGAGCCCACAGCUCUGAACUGGGAAGAGGAAUCUUCAUGUUGCUUGAGAAAGGGGCUUCUGGGCCCAGCCUUCUGUGGGAACCUCGGGAUCUUGCUACAAGCUUUUUGUUGUGUGAGCAGUGGAGCUUCCCAGUGGCCACAGAGGUUCAGAUCUAGACUAGCGGGCUCUGCCUAGGGAGGAGGGCAGGCCAGGGUCUGGGUAGUUUUAAUUUUUUCUGAGAACCUGGUUGGAUAUUCAUUCAUACAUGCAGUAAAGAUUUAUUGAUUCCUGCUCAGGGCUGGGCCCUGUCCAAGAGAUGCUUAAAUGAGAUGCUGGCCAGGCCCUCAGGGAGGGGAAGACAACAGACACAUCAGAGCCAGGCCCAGCUCCUCUGGCCUUCCUCCAGCCUCUAGCUGAGAACUGACAAUCCCUGUCGAGAAUGAUGGCCCCUCAGAGAAAGCCCUUGGCCAGCGCCCCAGGGGACCAUGUGGUCCUGCCCUGCGGAGGCAACCAGGGAAGAAGUCUGCAGGCAGCUGGCUCCUGAGGGGAGAGGCAAACCCCAUGGCUUCAAGGUCAUAGAGGGAGGGGAGGCAGGGAAGCCUCUGCCCCAUCUGACCCGCCUAGCCUGGGGGAGCUCUGGGCACACUGUCUUGCCCGGAUGAGAGAUGCAUUUGCCUGUGUGGUUUGGCUCUUGCUGUUCUGUGGGGCUGGGUGUCCCUGACCUGCUUCUCUCCUUCUUGCCUCAAAGGCUUGGUCUGAAGGGUUGAUGAAGGGCUAAUGAGAUAACGGAUGGGGAAGUGCUCACUCGGCCAGUGUAUGCGGUUGUUAGGGAGGCCAAACAAGAUAGAAAAUGAUGCUUCUUCUCACCCCUGCCCCUCUUUUCCUCACCCUGUUCCUACCUCACCCCCACCCUGCAGAACUCUGCUGCUUCCCACCAACAGUGUCUGUAAAGGCUUGCUACUCAAAGGGCAGACCAUGGACCAGCAGCAUCCGUGUCACCUGGGAGCUGGUUAAAAACGCAGACUUAGUCCCCUCCCUACCAAACCAGUUGCUGUGGAGUUGACUCUGACUUAUGGUGACCAUGUGUGUCAAAGUAGAACUGCGCUCCAUAGGGUUCUCAAUGACUGAUUUUUUGGAAGUAGAUCUCCAGGCCUUUCUUUUGAGGCACCUCUGGAAGGACUUGAACCUCCAACCUUUUGGUUAGCAGUUGAGCACAUUAAUCGUUUGCAUCACCCAGGGACUCCUAGACCUACUAAACCAGAGCCUACAAGAUUCCAAGGUGAUUUGUGUGCACAUUAAAGUUUGAGAAGCCCUGGUUCUGAGGAAAGAAAAGGCCAGCUUUGGUGGGUGGAGCCAGUUUCCAGGUCAGACUCACACACGUGCUACCUUGAGACCAAGAGCACCCCCACCCAGGGGAAGUGGUGUUAAGAUCAAUUUAUGUAAAUUGUUUUGACCAGUUAAUAUUUACAUGAUUUAAAA